AGGCAGCGAUUCAACUGAAACAGCACAUCAUUUCAACAAAACUCGUCAAAUUUGCUUAGUAAGUAGGAGGAGGAUCAAGAAACAGCCGCCAGGGCCAACAGGGUUAGGCCAUUGGCAAUCGACAAGUUGAGAGAAGAUGGAGUCGAGCGAUGCCUUGUCAAAUCCCAACGCUACCUACACUGUCCAGAGAGGGAUCCUUGUUGAAUCUAACCAAGAUUCUGAUGAGCAGCAGACCAAUCGUGCAAGCAUGGUCAUGGGCAACUGCAGGAGAUACAAGAGGUCCUCGCUGCUAAGCUCGAAGUGCACGUGCGGGAAGUCUAAAGGAGACCCUUGUCACUCCAUCCCUCACAUCUGCAAGAUAUGCGGGGAGACGUUCACUGCGCUGCAGAACACGGGGAAGGAUUGCAAAGUGCAUCCCCUGAACAACGUCGUGGUCAUCGGCUCGAGGUCUCAUUCCACUCAUCAGUUCCAGACUUACAUAUGGGAAUGUUGCCCUGACAAGCCACUCGUGUGCUCUACCAAGGAGGCUUUCAUUGAGAGAGGGAUCACCCACGACGGGGAGCAUUACUAGCUCCUUCCACCUGACCAUGACAAACUCAUCGUUGUCUAACUCUCUUCCUGCCUGUCUGAGGGCGUCCGAGGGUUGUGCGCUCGCUGUUCAGAUUGUUUCUUUACCACUAGCAAUCCUUGUUCUCAUUGGCACUUGUAAAAGUUUUGCGAUCA